UAUCCAAUCUUUCUCAAAUUGACAUGUAAGUCCAAAUUAAUUUAAUAUCUCCAAUAGAAAAAUGCAUACUUCCUACAUUUUCAUCACCACCUCCAUUUUUCUCAUUCUCAUAUCACUAGCUACUCAAUCCAAUGCUUCUACUUCCAUAGCCCAUCACAAAAAUGCAUACUUUGGCACUGCAACCGAAUUCUUGGCACCACACAAUGCGGCUCGUGCCGCCCUACGGAUGCCUCCAUUAAUUUGGGACGCGAGGCUAGCGAACUAUGCGCAAUGGUACGCUAAUCAGAGGAGGUACGACUGUGAGUUGAGGCACUCUAAUGGACCAUAUGGUGAGAACAUUUUUUGGGGCAGUGGCGACGGAUGGACACCGGCUCAGGCCGUUUUUGAUUGGAUUACGGAGCGUAAAUGGUACGAUUAUUGGUCCAAUUCUUGUUAUGGAGGUGAAGAAUGUGGACAUUAUACUCAAAUUGUUUGGAGCAGAACAAGAAGAAUUGGGUGUGCUAGAGUGACUUGUGAUGAUGGUAGAGGUGUGUUCAUGACUUGCAAUUAUGAUCCUCCUGGUAACUUCAAUGGAGAAAGACCUUAUUGAGUUCAUUAUUUCUUAUGUGUUUGAUUAAAAAAAACUUUUUGCAAGUUUGUUGUGUUUACUGUAAAAAUAAUUACUAUUUGAUGGACUGAGUGUCUUUAUGUAAGUUAUUAUUAAUCUUGAAAUUAAUUUUAAUUAAUAUAUUAUUAUUGAUGUAA